CAGUUCACAGUCUAACAGGAGCAGCGGCAGCAGCAGCAACAGCAGCAGAAGGAGGAGGAGGAGGAGGGAAGACUCUCAGCCAACUCCAGAUUUUCUGCUAGUUGUGUUUUUAUUACAGUAACACUUGGGGAUUUUUGUAUGCUGAAAGGGCUAAACCCCACAGUCAGGAUGCAUGUGUCUCUUAUUGUGGGCUGGGCAAUUGUACUGGCCGCGCUGUGUGUCAGAGUGGAAGCCAAACCUGCAGUUCAGCCGCACCAGAAGUCGCUACGAGCUUUGCUUGGGGAAGAGCUGGCCGAAUACUUGGCCUCCGGGGAGAGAGGGGACAGAAAUAUCGACCCCAAAUUCCGUGCCAGACUCCUGCGCGACUUGAGAGCCGACACCAGGUCGCGGGCAGCUUGGUCGAGGUUACUCAACGAACACCCCAAUACCCGCAAGUACAAGGGGGUCAACAAGAAAGCGCUCGCCAAGGGCUGCUUCGGACUCAAACUGGACCGCAUUGGCGCUAUGAGCGGACUGGGCUGUUAAGAGCUGGAGCGCCAUCUAGUGGCGGCUCCGAACAUUGACAACGGUUUUCUGAUCACUGGUCGUUAUCCUGUCUUAGAGUGGACGCCGAGCUGAGGAUCCUCUGAUUCCCCAAUGUCAGAGAUUCUCUAGCAGUGGCACAGGCCGGUACGAUGGGACACAGGACCUGCUGUUACCACAUGUCGUCUUUCAUUCUGUUCCCAGCGCGCAAGAGCCAUACGUGUGCGUGCCAUGUACAUAUCUGUAACCAGGGCUCCCUAGAUGUUUACAUAUCAGUUCAGACACGUGUUUCACCUGUGGGGUGCCCAAGCAGACUCUUACACGUGUUCUUCAUGUGUAGUGUGACUAGGCUCUGUAUGUGCUAAACCAUUCCUUAUCCAUGCUCUGUUGAUGUUUCAGCCGCAUGGAUAUCUUCGUCAGACUACAGUACCCUUCAUAUACCACUUGGUAGCCCACCUAAGCUGCUGGCCUCUUUCAGAGAAUAUAGUGAAUUCCUAGCCCCUGCGGACAUAUGGAAAGAUUGCAGUGCAUCCUGGGAGCUCUCACCCAGUCCUGUGUCACAGAGCAGAUAUCUGCCCUAUUGAGUAAAAACACUGACGUGCAACUUUUAUUUACCUAUAUUUAGUCUGUAGUAAAUUCAUACCUUAUUUUGGGGCCCACAUUUAAUUAAUGUUCAGUUCAGUUGAUUAAGCAUUUCACAGAGGUCACUUAUACAUUACAUGUGCAUUGUAUUUAGAAUAGUCAUUAAAGGGCUGUAAAUACAUGGCCCGCACGGUCAGUUAUGGUACAGUGAAACUCACAGCAGGGUUCUAGUUGUUAUCAGACAUCUCAAAGCUAAUCAGACAAUGCAAUAAAAUUGCUUCUAAUCGUGGAGAGCGUACCUUGGCGACCGGGUGAAUGAUAUAACAGAUUUGAUAACAAAGACAGCAGGUUCUGUUUAAAAACCCAAACUGUGUUUCUCAGGCAAAAUGAUUUAUUAAGAUGCAACCAGGACUGGUUGAGACUGCCUCAGAUGCAUUGGACCUUGCAGGCCCCUCAGGCUAAAGGAAACACUCACAACUCUUGAGUUUGCACUCACACUAAACUUUCUACCUAACAGGCCCCCAACCUGGUUAAAGAGCCAAUGCCCCAUCCAGCAGUUCAACUGUCCAAUUUCUUGGGAUACAUGUAUUCGGUAGGAGGGAGACUGGCAGAGCUGUCUGUACAUUCACACCAUGCAUUGAUGUAUUUAAGUUGUAAAGCUAUUUAUAUUGUUUAUAAGAGAUAUUUAUAAAAAAAUCUUUUAUUUAUGUAAUUAAAUGAACGGGGUCAAACAUUGUAACAUUUUGUCCUAAAUAGCUGAAACUUUUAAAAAAUAAAGAAAAUAAUAAAAAAUAGUUCAUUUGA